GUUCCGCUUCCUGAACGCGGCUGAGAGGCGGGAGAGCUGCCAGUCUGCGCCGCCGCCGCCGGACUUUUCCUGCCAGCCGCUCUGACCCUCUCAUGGCUGUGGAGAAAACGCGGAGAUUCACCCGGAGCCUGCUACGACCCAGCCUGGCGUCCGAGCACCGCCAGAGCGCAGCCGCCGCCGUCGCCAGCCGCUGCCGGCUCCAGCUGAGGCAGGAGAAACCCAAACUUCUAGAGCCUUUGGAUUAUGAAACCGUCAUUGGGGAAAUUGAGAAGACUGUUGAAAACGACGGUCUCAAGGAACUGAUCUUGUUCCCAGAUGAUGACUUUUCAAUAUCCACAGUUCCCUGGGAAAUAAGAACACUGUACUCAUCAGUUUCUGAAGAUACAGAGCAAAAAGCAGAGCAUUUGUUUGUUAAAGAGGCUUGUAAAUAUUACAGUUCCCAAUGGCACAUUGUAAACUACAGAUAUGAGCAGUACUCAGGAGAUUUUAGACAAUUACCAAGGCAUGAAUGCAGACCAGAUAAACUCCCUUCACACUCCUUUGAAAUUGAUCAUGAAGAUGUUGACAAGGACGAAGAUACAACAUCCCACUCAUCUUCAAAAGGAGGUGGAGGAGGAGGAAAUACAGGAGUUUUCAAAUCGGGCUGGCUUUAUAAAGGGAAUUUUAACAGCACAGUAAACAACAGCAUUAUGGUUCGGUCAUUCAAAAAGCGCUACUUCCAGCUGACACAGUUGUCAGACAACUCAUACAUAAUGAACUUCUACAAAGAUGAAAAGAUAUCAAAGGAACCCAAAGGCUGUAUCUUUUUGGAUUCCUGUACGGGGGUUGUGCAGAAUAACAGGCUUCGAAAACAUGCCUUUGAGCUGAAAAUGAAUGACUUGACAUACUUUGUGCUGGCAGCUGAAAAUGAGCAAGAUAUGGAUGAAUGGAUUUUCACUCUCAACAAGAUCCUGCAGAUAAAUCCAGAAGGGUCCGUUCAAGAGAGGAAGAGCGCAGACAUCACAGAUCUGAAAUUUGAUUUGGAAGACAUGUCGAUGAGCUAUGAUUGUCCGCAAGAGGAAACUGAUUCUUCAGAGAACAGCCUGCAUCCAGAUUUUUCAAAAUACCUCACAGAAACAGAAGAAACUGUCAGAGCAUCUCGAAAUAUGGAUAGGUUGAAUCUAUUCUCCCUAGAUCCUGAUAUUGCUGCCUUGAAUCCUCAAAGAAAGGAAUUUCCAGCAGCAGAUUCAUUGCUCAAGCCUUUUCAGGAAAGGGAUGCCAAGCGAAUCAUGAUAACAUGCAAAUCCCUUAAUCUGAAUCUUCAGGCUUGCGUUUCUGAUAAUGAAAGUGACCCCGUCACCAAUAUUGAGCCUUUCUUUGUGAGCGUGGCUCUUUUUGAUAUACGGGACAGCAGGAAGCUCUCUGCUGAUUUUCACGUGGAUCUAAACCAUACUCUGGUUAGACAGAUGAUGUCAGGUCCUUCACCCUCAUUGGAAAAUGGUACUAUUGAGUGUGCUGGCACCAAAGACGAGGAACCACAGGUCAAGGGGUUUCCAGAAGAAUGGCUGAAGUACCCAAAACAGGCUGUUUUCUCCAUAAGUAACCCUCAUUCCGAAAUAGUUUUGGUGGCAAAGAUUGAGAAGGUGCUCAUGGGAAAUAUUGCCACCAGUGCAGAACCUUACAUAAGGAAUCCAGACUCUAACAAGUGGGCCCAGAGAGUGUUAAAAUCCAACAAGCAAUUCUGCAGCAAGUUGGGGAAAUACCGCAUGCCCUUUGCCUGGUCUGUACGACCAGUCUUUAAAGAUAAUCAGGGAAAUAUUGACAGAGAUUCCCGGUUCUCACCUUUGUUCAGGCAAGAAAGUAGCAAAAUUUCAACGGAUGACUUAAUGAAACUCGUCACGGAAUACAGAAGGGCAGAGAAGAUCAACAAAAUUCAGAUCAUCCCUGGCAGCUUAGAAAUCAUAGUUGAUUCUGUACCUUUGGAGCACCAAAAUUGUGUAACAUCAUCUUUUAUUCCAAUCAAGCCAUUCAAUGAUAUCAAGGAGCAUCAGCCCACAGUAGAGGUGGAAGAAUUUGUCCAAGAAUCAACAAAGUACUCCCAGACUUAUAGAGUAUAUAAAAACCAAAUCUACAUCUAUCCCAAACAUCUGAAAUACGAUAGCCAAAAAUGCUUCAACAAGGCACGGAAUAUAACAGUCUGCAUUGAAUUUAAAAGUUCCGAUGAAGAAGGAGCCAAACCCAUGAAGUGUAUCUACGGAAAGCCUGGUGGGCCACUCUUUGCAUCAGCAGCAUAUACAGCUGUUCUACACCAUUCACAGAACCCUGAUUUUUACGAUGAGGUGAAGCUUGAGCUGCCUACUCAACUCCAUAAGAAGCACCACAUUCUCUUUUCAUUUUAUCACGUCACCUGCGACAUAAAUGCGAAAGCUAAUGCCAAAAAGAAAGAGGCCCUGGAAACAUCAGUGGGAUAUGCUUGGCUACCUUUGUUGAAAGAUGACCAGCUAGUGUCUCAAGAACACAACAUACCAGUGGCAACCAGCCUGCCUCCCGGAUAUCUGAGCCUUCAGGAUCCUGCAGCUGGAAAGCACAGCGGAAGUGACGUGAAGUGGGUAGAUGGAGGGAAGCCACUCUUCAAAGUGUCUUCAUUGGUUGUAUCAACAGUUUAUACUCAGGAUCCAUAUCUGAAUAGAUUUUUCCAGCAGUGCCAAAAAAGGAACAGGGAUCUCUCCCAACCACCUACCUCAAACUUUAUCAUCUCCUGUAAGAAUUUGCUUAAAAUUGAGAGGAUCCAUGUCAUCGUGAAUUUUCUGCCUGUGAUUUUGAACCAGCUCUUCUGGGUACUUGUACAGAAUAAGGAGGAUGAGAUUACAACUGCUGUGACCAGGGUGUUUACUGAUAUUGUUGCAAAGUUCCACGAAGAACAAUUAGACCACUGUAUCCAGACAUACGUAAAGUAUGUAUUCAAGACCAAGUCAUUUGAAGAAAGAACAGUUCACGAGGAGCUGGCCAAGAAUAUGACCGGUCUGUUGAAGUCAAAUGAGCAAAGAACAGUAAAACAUGUUUUAAAGCACUCCUGGUUCUUUUUUGCAAUUAUCUUAAAAUCAAUGGCUCAGCAUUUGGUGGAUACAAAGAGAAUACAGAUGCCUCGCACUCAGAGAUUUCCCGAAUCAUUCCAAAAUGAGCUGGAUACGCUCAUCAUGGUGAUUUCAGAUCAUGUUGUUUGGAAACACAGGGAUGCUCUUGAAGAGACAAGGAAUGCAAAUCACAGCAUUGGCAGGUUUCUGAAGCGUUGUUUCACAUUCAUGGACCGUGGAUUUGUAUUUAAGAUGAUCAACAGCUAUAUAAGUAUGUUUGGACCAGGUGACCACAAGAUUUUGUUCCAAUAUAAAUUUGACUUUCUUCAAGAAGUAUGCAACCAUGAACACUUCAUUCCUCUGUGCCUGCCUAUGAGAUCUGCAGACAUACCAGAUCCAGCAACACCAUCAGAAACAACACAGCAGUUUCAUGCAUCAGAUAUUCCAGAGUAUACUGUGACAAAUGAGUUUUGCCGAAAGCAUUUCUUAAUUGGAUUACUUCUGCGAGAGGUUGGGUUUGCGCUCCAGGAAGAUCAAGAUAUUAGGCACAUGGCCUUGGCAGUACUAAAAAACCUCAUGGCGAAACAUUCCUUUGAUGAUCGAUAUGCCGACCUGGAGAAACAGGCAAAGAUAGCAAACCUGUAUAUGCCCCUGUACGGCAUGCUUUUGGACAACAUGCCAAGGAUAUAUAUGAAGGACCUGUUUCCGUUCAACAUAAAUACGUCCAAUCAGGGAUCCAGAGAUGAUUUGAGUACUACUGGUGGAUUUCAGAGUCAGGCAGCAAUGAAACAUGCAAACUCUGUAGAUACCUCUUUUUCCAAAGAUGUUCUUAACUCUAUAGCAGCUUUUUCAUCAGUGGCUAUUUCUGCAGCAAACCAUGCUGACUCCAGAGGCUCCUUAGCAAGUCUCGACUCUAACCCAAGCACCAACGAAAAGAACAGUGAGGCGACAGAAACCUGUGAGAAGAUUGUGAGGCCGUUAUCCCUGAUUGGGUCAGCUCUUCGGUUUGACAAACUAGAUCAGGCUGAAACGAGAAGUCUCCUGAUGUGUUUCCUUCACAUUAUGAAAACAAUUUCAGAAGAUACAUUGAUCUCCUACUGGCAGAGAGCCCCAUUCACAGAGAUAACAGACUUUUUCAGCAUUUUAGAGGUUUGCUUCCAAAAUUUCAGAUAUCUUGGGAAACGAAACAUAGUGAGGAAAAUUGCUGCUGCAUUUAAGGUUGCUCAAACAACACAGAAUAAUGGAACCCUGAAAGGCUCUAACUCAUCCUGCCAGACCUCUGGGCUUCUGCCCCAAUGGAUACAUUCUGCCUCCAGCGGUGACGUCCACAAGCACCACAGAUCUCAAACUUUACCAAUAAUACGUGGCAAAAAUGCCUUCUCCAACCCUAAACUCCUGCAGAUGAUAGACAGCACCAUUGCAAGUGGUUCCAAUGAAACAGAUAUUGUGAGCUACGUAGAUACUGAAGCCAACAUUGCCACGGAAGUUUGCCUUACUAUUCUAGACUUAUUAUGUCUGUUUACUCAACAUCACCAGAGACAGCUGCAACAAUCAGAUUGCCAGAACACACUGAUGAAGAAAGUCUUUGAUACCUUCCUGCUGUUUCUGCAAAUCAAUCACUCUGCAGCAGCCCUCAAGCAUGUCUUUGCUGCUCUUAGAUUGUUUGUGAGUAAGUUCCCUUCAGCAUUCUUCCAAGGGCAGGCUGACUUAUGUGGCUCAUUCUGCUAUGAAAUUCUUAAGUGCUGCAAUCACAGGUCACGGUCGACACAGAUGGAAGCCUCUGCUCUGCUGUAUUUCUUCAUGAGAAAGAACUUUGAAUUUAAUAAGCAGAUCAUAGUCAGGUCCCAUUUGCAGCUCAUCAAAGCUGUAAGCCAGUUGAUUGCAGAUGCAGGAAUUGGAGGCUCCCGGUUUCAGCAUUCACUAGCGAUUACGAAUAACUUCGCUAACGGAGACAAGCAAAUGAAAAACAGUAACUUCCCAGCAGAAGUGAAAGACUUGACCAAACGCAUAAGGACGGUUUUGAUGGCUACAGCUCAAAAAGAACAUGAGAAGGACCCCGAGAUGCUAGUGGAUUUGCAGUACAGUUUGGCAAAUUCAUACGCCAGCACGCCUGAAUUGCGUAGGACUUGGCUAGAAAGCAUGGCCAAGAUCCAUGCUAGAAAUGGUGACUUAUCAGAGGCUGCUAUGUGCUAUAUCCAUAUAGCUGCUCUUAUUGCCGAAUACCUGAAAAGAAAGGGUUACUGGAAAAUGGAAAAGAUAUGUACCUCUCGUAUGUUCCUGGAAGAUGCUGAACUCUCUGAUAGUAAUGUCUUACUAACAACUCAUACUGGAGGAAGCUUGUUCUCUAUGGGAUGGCCAGCUUUCCUCAACAUUACACCAAAUAUUAAAGAAGAAGGAGCUAUGAAGGAAGACUCUGGAAUGCAGGAUACUCCAUAUAAUGAGAACAUCCUUGUGUCGCAGCUGGAAUUGUGUGUUGACUUUUUGUGGAAAUCUGAAAGAUAUGAGCUCAUUGCUGAAGUUAACAAGCCAAUCAUUGCAGUGUUUGAAAAACAGAGAGACUUCAAGAGACUGUCAGAGUUGUACUACGACAUCCAUAGGUCUUACCUGAAAGUGGCAGAAGUCGUGAAUUCUGAGAAGCGCUUAUUUGGACGGUACUACCGGGUAGCAUUUUAUGGGCAGGGCUUUUUCGAAGAAGAGGAGGGCAAGGAAUAUAUCUACAAAGAGCCCAAAUUAACAGGCCUGUCUGAGAUCUCACAGAGAUUGCUGAAGCUUUACGCAGAUAAGUUCGGAGCAGACAACGUGAAAAUAAUCCAAGACUCAAACAAGGUUAACCCCAAAGACUUAGAUCCGAAAUACGCUUACAUCCAAGUGACAUACGUCACACCCUUCUUUGAAGAGAAAGAAGCCGAGGAGCGGAAGACCGACUUUGAAAUGCAUCACAACAUCAAUCGCUUUGUGUUUGAAACGCCCUUCACGUUGUCAGGGAAGAAACACGGAGGGGUGGAAGAGCAAUGCAAGAGAAGGACCAUUCUGACAACCAGCCAUUUAUUCCCUUAUGUGAAGAAAAGAAUACAGGUCAUAAGCCAAACAAGCACAGAGCUGAACCCCAUUGAAGUAGCCAUUGAUGAGAUGUCUAAAAAGAUUUUGGAACUCAAUCAGCUUUGCACAAUGGAGGAAGUAGAUAUGAUUAGGCUACAACUGAAACUACAAGGAAGUGUCAGUGUUAAGGUAAAUGCAGGACCAAUGGCUUAUGCGCGAGCUUUCCUUGAAGAAACAAAUGCGAAGAAAUACCCAGAUAACCAAGUUAAACUUUUGAAGGAAAUCUUCAGGCAGUUUGCAGACGCAUGCGGACAAGCUCUGGAAGUUAAUGAGCGGCUGAUUAAGGAGGACCAGCUGGAAUACCAGGAAGAAAUGAAAUCUCAUUACAAGGAUAUGCUCAGUGAGCUCUCUGAAGUUAUGAACGAACAGAUCACAUACAAGGAGGAUUUGGCAAAGCAGCAAGGAGUGGAACCAACUUAUUCCCAUGCAAUCAGUAGAACAAUCACAGGCCCACCUGGGCCGCUGAUUGCCUCCAGUGCUGACAUUUGAUCGCUGAAAUUGACUUUCAACGGAUUGCCAGAAAACUGGGAUUAUUCUGAAUAAGCAAAAUCAUGAUGGAUGCCAUGAAAAUGGAACGCGGUGCAUUGUUUUAAUUUAUUGAACAUUUCAGUGUUAAUUUUUUUUAAAAUUGUAAGUUUGAUAUUUUUAAUGUUCUUGCCUUUCCUGAUAUUUGCACAUUUCCUAUGGUUUUCUUUAUUAUGGUUCAGCCUUUAUUAAACAGAACAUGAUAUUUCCAUUGAAAGUUCGGUUUCUCAACAAGCCUUACGCUUGCUGUAAAUGAUAAUAUAAUCUAAUACAAGUCCUAGUAUACAUAUAUUUUAAAAGUCAAAAGUGGAUGUUUUAUAACCUUUAAGAAUAUUGCGAUUGUAAAUAGAAGAUGUGUAAAAUAUGUCAUUUUUACAAAGUUUUUAGUUAAUAAUUACUAAAAUGUGGAUAACGUUUCAGAUACAAUUAUAUUAAAAUA